AUGAAUACUAACUAAAGCCAAUAGAUUUAUUGGCCGUCCUUGGCGCCAAUGCUCAGAGGCAACCUAUACAAAUCCUCAAUCUACAUCGGACGUCUGUGGGCACUGAUACUGCGACUACAUGUAUGCAGGAUCUCGGCACGUUAUUGCUCGGAGCGGCAAAGAUAUGGGCUGCCUCAAAUCGUCUCAUUUCACCGAUAUCACACAUUUCAGGCAUAUUCCGGACAGUCUUCGCUCAAGACCAAAGGUCGCUCACAAUGAAUGACCAGGGUUGCAGGACUCCAACUCUAGCUUCUCGUAUAAAACACCAAACUCAGACUAUCGUCAGCGCAGCCCACCAAAUCUGCUAUUUAGAAAUCCGGCCUCGCUCUCCGACAAUUCCGAAGCAGUCUCACCCUCGCAAACAUAUACACAUAAAGCGGAACUUUUAUCAAAAGCAGCCCCCCAAUUGCCAGAGCGGUAGGUCGCAAUGUUUGCAUGCCGCGCCGUGCGACGUCCCUAUCUCACGGCCUUCCUAUUCCAGAAAGAAGCUUGAAAUUUAGAUGCCUCCGACUAUCGAUCUCCCUUGCCCGCGCCAUUUUUGCCAUGGACGGCACACGCGCUAGCAUGCAACGCGAAACGGCACUCAGGGACAUACAUCCCUUGGUAAGUUUAGAUUA